CCGCCGGGGAGGAGAGCGCCAUGCUCCGGCUCCUGGCCUUGCUGCUCCCGCUGCUGCAGCCGCCCGCGCGCGCCCGGGAGCCCUCGGCGCAGGACGUGAGCCUGGGCGUGGACUGGCUGACCCGCUAUGGCUACCUGCCGCCCCCUCACCCUGCCCAGGCCCAGCUGCAGAGCCCUGCAAAGCUGCGGGAUGCAAUCAAGGUCAUGCAGAGGUUUGCUGGCCUGCAGGAGACAGGUGUCCUGGACCUGGUGACGGUGGCCACGAUGCAUAAACCCCGCUGCUCCCUGCCCGAUGUGCUGGGGGCGGCGGGGCUGGUGAGGCGGCGGCGCCGGUACGCUCUGAGCGGCAGCGUGUGGAAGAAGCGGACACUGACGUGGAGGGUCAACUCCUUCCCCCAGGGCUCCACGCUGAGCCAGGAGACGGUGCGAACCCUCAUGCACCAUGCCCUGACCACUUGGGGCACCGAGUCAGACCUCAGGUUCCAGGAGGUGGGUCCGCAGGGGCCCACGGAGCCUGACAUCCUCAUCGACUUUGCCCGGGCCUAUCACCAGGACAGCUACCCCUUCGAUGGGCAGGGGGGCACCCUGGCCCACGCCUUCUUCCCGGGGGAGCACCCUAUCUCUGGGGACACGCACUUCGAUGAUGAGGAGACCUGGACUUUUGGGUCAAAAGAUGGCGAGGGGACGGACCUGUUUGCUGUGGCUGUUCAUGAGUUCGGCCACGCCCUGGGCCUGGGCCACUCCUCAGCGCCUGACUCCAUCAUGAGGCCCUUUUACCAGGGCCCAGUGGGCAACCCCGCCGAGUACCGCCUGUCCCAGGACGACCGCGACGGCCUGCAGCAGCUCUACGGGAGAGCACCCCAAACCCCAUAUGACAAGCCCACACGGAAGCCCCUGGCUUCUCCUCCCCCGCCCCCUGCCCUGCCCCCGGACAGCCCCCCCCAACCCCUCCCUGAUCGAUGUGAUGGCAAUUUUGAUGCCAUCGCCAACAUCCGAGGCGAAACUUUCUUUUUCAAAGGCCCCUGGUUCUGGCGCCUCCAGCCCUCGGGACAGCUGGUGUCGCCCCGGCCCGCCCGGCUCCACCGCUUCUGGGAGGGGCUGCCAGCCCAGGUGAAGGUCAUUCAGGCCGCCUACGCCCGGCACCCGGACGGCAGGAUCCUCCUCUUUAGCGGCCCGCAGUUCUGGUCGUUCCAGGACCGGCUGCUAGAGGGCGCCGCGCGGCCGCUCACCGAGCUGGGCCUGCCCCCAGGAGAGGAGGUGGACGCCGUGUUCUCCUGGCCGCUCAACGGGAAGACCUACCUGAUCCGGGGGCGGCAGUACUGGCGGUACGACGAGGCGGCGGCACGCCCGGACCCCGGCUACCCGCGCGACCUGAGCCUCUGGGAGGGCGCGCCGCCGGCCCCCGACGAUGUCACCGUCAGCAACACGGGUGACACCUACUUCUUCAAGGGCGUCCACUACUGGCGCUUCCCCAAGGGCAGCAUCAAAGCCGAGCCAGACUCCCCCCAACCCAUGGGUCCCAAGUUCCUGGACUGCCCCGCCUCCAGUGUGCGCCCUCCGGUCCUCAGACCCCCCAGAGCGACCCUUAAACCCGGAGACUGCGACUGUCAGUGCGAGAUCAGUCAGGCUGCAGGGCGGCCUUCGGUGCUCCUCCUGCCUCUUCUUUCCCUGCUGGUGGGGGGUCUGGCCUCCCCCUGAGGGGACCUGCGGCUGCCUGGAAGGGACCAGAUCGCCCAUGGGGCCCCCGCGGGUUGUGGCUGUGGGAAGUCUGUCCCAGGCGCAGGACUCAGCCAGGAUGCAGCUGGGGAUGCCAGUGGAGCUAAGUCCAGGAGGCUGGAAACAGAGGGCGGGCCCUGGCACUGAACACCGCUGUGUGCAGCCAACUGGGCCUUCCUCCCCUGCCCCUGGCCAUGACCCCGCAGGACUCUCCUUUUCCCGGAACACCUGGCCUUUCCCAGAGCUCAGGCGGCUGAAUUCCUGCAGCCCUGGCCCCGCCUGCCAACAGCAGCUGUCCCAAGUGCUUGGUUCUUUACAGGACAGCCCCUUGCUGAGCCAGCUCUCCAGCCUCUGCUCUAAUGUUUCUCAUCCUGUCCUCCCUCCGCAAUGUCCCAAUCGAAGCACAUUGAUGGGGUCCCAAACACAGCUCUGACACCACCCCUGAGCAUGUGUCCCAAGUCUGGGGUGACAUCAAUGGUUCACAUGUGGGUGAGGCUCCUGGGAUGGACCCUGUGGCCCAUCCUUGGUUCUGGUCACCAUGCUGGUACCAGAACUGCCCACAUUCAGUAGGACACCCUCCUGCUCCUAAAACACCUCCACACCUGAGCCUCUGCCGCCCCCUCCAGAACCCCUUGGCUCCCAUCAGCUUGAUGCUGGUGGGAAGACAGUGGACUGGUCCCCUCUCAGUCUGGGGUCACUGCCUCCUCAAUGCUCCUGGGUGACAAGUGGGAGGAACCUGGGCCACCUCAAUGACGCCCCUCCCCACUGAAUUCGGGAUCUAAAUGAGUGCCUCUACAACUCUGCUUCUGGAAUAUUCCACACAGGAUGACCCAGGAAGGGAGUUCCCUGGUGGUCCAGUGGUUAGAAUCUAGGGCUCUCACUGUCGUGGCCUGUGUUAAAUUUCUAGUCCCAGAACUAAAAUCCUUCAAGCUGUUCCAUGUGGUCCAAGAAAAAGAAUGACCUAGGGAACUUUAAAAAUGCAGAUUCAGUGUCUUCACUGUGAAUCCUCACUCUGGGUCUGGGGCCAGGAAUCUGCAUUUGAACAAACUGGGUGGUUGAUGUGGGGGUGGACUGGGGGGUGGCCCCGAUCUGCAAGGGACCAGGGCCAGCAGCUGCCAUCUCUGGUCUCUGUCCUCUGACUGUGUGUCCCCACCGUGUUCUCCACCCAGGGGCCCACCUCUUCCUGUGUUUACAGAGCCCAGUGCAUGCCCUGGGGCAAAGAGGUUCACCCCCGUGGCUGGAGUCGCUUAGUCACAUUUCUUGGGUUGUCACCCAGCCUCAGCGGGCCCACAGUGCUGCCCACAGCUGACCCAGGGGCGUGGAGCCCAGCGUGGUCACGACGAGAUCAGAAGGAGGAUGACAGCCAGGUGUCUUCAACCAGCCAGAGACCUGGGAAUUCAAAGGCACCAGAAGCCCUCUGGGCUUCUGUCAGGACCCUUUCUAAGUAUCAGGAGGAGGAAACUUGUAUUCGCAAAGCUUGUCAGCCCUGAAGCAGGACAAUAAAAAUAACAGGAGAAAGCACCCUUUAUUUCCUCAGAGCAGUGAUGGAGCCAGGCUGAAGUUUGGUGACAGACCUGAAUCACUGUUUUACAGAAGAGACUGGAAUCCAGCAUUGAUGGGGGACAGAGUGGUUGAGAAUGAAUUGGGGGAGCAACCAAAAGUUGGUUGGAGGGGCCCGGAGAGGGUAGUCCCAUGUGACAUUUGAGGCUCCUUUCACUGCAACAAUGGACACUUCUUCAGCCUCUCAGAGUUCAUGAAGCCUUCUUCACAAAAAUGCCACAUUGCAUUGAAUUAUGUUAUUUAAAGAAUGGGAAAUAAAUGAUACAAAUUAUUAAAA